AGGCCAAGAAGCAGAGCCCGUAUACUGUUACGGCAGUUGCAGACACAUCUUUUACGAGAAAGCCCUCGCCAGGCUGUCUCGAAGUGUAUGCGUCUUAAAUAAUCACAUCAUGCUAAUGAGUUUAAACCGUGAUUUUAUCGAAAAACUGUGCUGUGGAUUUAAUAUACGACCGAAAAAUUAUAGUACAAGACAUUUACCUUCUUGAUCGUUUGUUCAAGCAUUAGCUCUAAUUGUGCAAUAAGGUGAAGUAAGAAUCAUGCCAGCUAAAGGAGGAAAAAAAGGAAAAGCAGGUUAUCGUCAUCACGGUAAACACGCUGAAGUAGUGUCAGAUGAUGAGUCAAGCAAUGAUGCUGCCAGCAUUAUUAGCGAACAGUCAGAAAUAGUGGCAGAGGACGCAGCGAAUGACAACAAUGAAGUUGACGAGUUGAGCCAGCAUGAAUUGUUUGAAGAGAAACUAAAAGAGGCUAUAGAUGGACUGUCUCAAAAAAGUGCUAAAGGUCGAACGUCCUGUUUUAUGGGCGUCGAGCGAAUUUUCUCACUCAAGUACAUCCCAUACUUUAUCGAAGACAGAAAAAUGACCAUCACUGAUUACGUAGAACGAGGUCUGAAAAAAGGACGAAACGAAGAACGUUGUACCGCUGCGAAGCUAAGUACACUUCUCUGUGUUCAACUUGGUGCAUUUGAUAGUGCUGAGGCUGUGUACGAAGGACUCAAGCCCACUCUUACGUUUAUUAUCAAUGAUAACACUGCCUCUAGUCAGGCUCGAGCUGAGUGUUGUUGGGCAUUCAGUAUGAAUCACUUCUUCACAGGGAAUGACUCUGCCGAUACUGUAAUUAAUGCACAAAUAUUGUCAAAUAUAUUUGCUGGUUCAUAUUUAAAAGGCAAUGGUGCUGCAGCUAUAGUAUCUACUGAAUUGGCAGCAUUACACGCGGCUGCAUUAUCUGCUUGGACACUACUUCUAACAAUCAUGGCACCUUCUGAUAUUUAUAAAUUACUAGCUAGUAGUAAGACCAAUAAUUUUAUGCCUUCAUUAGAACGUUUGCGUCAAUUACUGGAAUCACCGCAUCUGGAUGUGCGCGUGUCUGCAGGCGAAGCCCUAGCAGUAAUUUUCGAACUCGGCCGAGAACAUUCUGAUGACUAUGAGCAAGACUGGGCACUUGAUCUUAUUGAAAAUCUCAGGGGAUUGGCGUUUGAUUCUAGUAAAUCCCGUGCUAAGAAAGACCGUAAGCAACAACGCGCUAGUUUCCGCGACAUACUGCGUUACAUUGAGGAGGAUAUUGUACCAGAAAUGCAAGUAAGAUUCGGUUCAGAAACGAUGUACCUCGAAGGUUGGUGUCCACGAAUCCAGUAUCACGCAUGCUGUCGCUUGCUAGGCUCAGGUAUCAACACCCAUCUAGCUGAAAAUAUAUUAUUGCGCGAUAUAUUCCGUCUUGGUGACGCUGUUCCCGCAAUGGCGGUUCAAAAAACAUCUAAACUUCAGAAAACUCUCAUGAAUGCUGCUGCAUACAAAGCGCGUACUAUUCUACGAAGUAAAAACCGUGAUAAACGAAACUUUUUAGCACAGUAAUGAAUUUCGAUUUCAUAAAAUAAAUAAUAUAUUCAUGCUUGUUCCUCACUUAAAUUUAAAGAGUUUUUCUUUUUUUUUCCCCGUGAUUAUCAUUUUUUUUGUUU